CUCUCAAACCGCAAUAUGAAAACCCAAACCCCGUGAAACUCUCUCGCUCACCUUCGCCUGCGCGUCGCCGGCAAUUCUUCUAGGCUCGUCGGAGUUUCCCCCUUGUCGGCGCCAUUGAUGUUCUCGUUUUCUCUCUCCUCCUCGGUUUCGUCGCUGUUGUUGUUGUUUUUAGCGGUGUUGCAGUUGGUCUUGCUGGUUCUUAGCGCCGCUGUGGGCUGCUGCUACCAUCACCUUGUUGUUGGUGGUGCUAGUUGUUGUCGUCGUCGAAGCCUCGAAACUCCUCCGCUCUGUUCUUCGCGUCGCUGCUCUUGUGAGCAGAGAGAAUAGCUUGUGGACAAACAAAUAUCAUCCAGAACAGGCAUUGGAGGUUUGUGGUAAUAGUGAGGCUGUGAAGUUCAUAAAUGACUGGCUACGCCUUUGGCAUUCAACAGAUUUUCAUCUCAGCAAGAGUUCUUAUUCUACUGACAAGAGUUUGAUGAAAGAUGAUUCAUAUGAUACAUAUGACAGUGAUUCAGAUGCUAAAAAUGCAGAGGCAUUUGGCUUGAAAAAUGUUCUUUUGGUAACAGGACCUGUUGGUUUUUCAAACCCCAAGCUUCUAAUGCAAGUAUGCAACUCAAGAUCAUAAGCAUCUGCAUAUAGAAGAAUACACUAAUGGCCAGCGCCUCUUUUGCUUGGUCCAGAGGCCAAUUUGACACCCAAUCUUCUAAGAACCCGGCUGAAGUAGAAGCUGAGCAGAAAAUGCUAGAGGAGGCUAUAAAAAAUGCUCGGGAGAGGGAAAGGAGGACGCUGUUGCGUGCAGUGUUGUUCCAUUUUCCCAGCAACUUAUUGCGACUGAAAGAGCUUGGUGUGCAUGGCGUGAUUACUUUAAUUGAGCUUGGUGCACACUUUUUCUGUCUACUAGUUAGAUAUAGGAUUCUUGCUCCUGUAUCUAUAUUGCUGGAACUUUCUUGAUGCAAAUAAAUGAUCUCUGUUUAUGAAAAAUAAUGUGACGUUUGUCC